AUGACGGAAGCUCAGAGAAUCCACAGAUGGCCGGGCAAGUGGGACAGCUUCUUCUUGAACACCGUCCCUAUCCCUGGCUGCCACGCUGCCCUGGCCCAGAACACAGUGAACUUUGCUGGAGGCCCAAGAGGUAUUUUGGUGAAGGAUCGAGCGGCUGGUCAUGGGGCGGCCUGGCCUCCAGAGGUGCUGGGCCCCGACCCUUUCUUCACGUGCUCCUCCGUGCUCCUCCCUCCCUGGGCCCGGGAGGCUGCCUCUCGCCUCCUGGCCUCUGCAGCACUCCUGACCUCACCUCCCUGGCUGUCCGUCAUGCAGGGCUACACGGGGUUGGCAGGCGCGGUGCAGUAUCCGCCUGAGACUGGUGCCCCCGUGUGGCCCAACGGGGCUCCCGUGCAGCUGGAGCGCGUUAGAUGCCCCAGAGAGAUGCGCUCGUGCAGGAUCUGGAAGAUGGAGGUUUUGGUGGGGGCCGUCUUCCUGCUGAGCAGCAAGGCUGUGGAAGCAUCUGGAAGUACUCUAUGGAAAUCUUGGAAAGAAAGAGUCAUAAAGUGACCUACAACAGCCCAUGCUUUAAGACCAGAUCAGAUGAUUAGUGAUGAAUUUGCAACAAAUACAAAAGUUUCAGAAAUCCAAGACAUGCUACAAGAACUUAUAGGCACUGCAAUGUUCAAUAAGUUGGAAAACAACGCUAUUAAAUAUAUAUCAUCAACAAUAGUAAACCUUUCUAAAGCUUUGCGAGCACUAAAUGAUGAAGUAAAAGUUUUUAACCUCCAAAGUGCAAAUAUGUAUAUAAAUGAGACAAGUGAAAGAGAAAAAGAGCUCUCUCUGAAGAUAAUACAAGAUCUCAGUGAAAAAAAUGAAAUGCUUCAGCAGAAACUUCAAGAUGCAGAAGAAAUAUGUGAACAACUUAUUCGAUCCAAAGCUAUAGUAGAACGCCAAGUACGUACAGCGUUGCCCACAUCAACCUUGAAAGUGUUACCUAAGCUUUCUCCACAAUCAUCCACGGUCAUUAGCAAAGCUGAUGUAGAAGACAGUAUGGACAGUGUUUGGGCUAAAGAAUUGGAAAAUAUUGUAGAUGAGGCCCAAAGAAAAGGGACCAAAGGCUCGGGGAUCAAGUGGGACUCAACUGUUUCAUACACAGCCCAAGUUGAGAUGACUCCAGAUUUAACUGAACAGCAAUACCCUUUACCUAAAAAAAAACAGAAGAAGUCUUCUAGAGAGAUUACUGAAGAUAUCACUGAAGAUAAGAUAUCACUGAAGGAAGGUGGUGUCUAUCAGAAAGAUGGGACUGACCCGUAUCAAUUACAGAAAACAAAGCACACAAAAGGCCCAGAUGUGCAUGAGACCUCUGGACCAAAUCUGAGUGAUGACAAAGGUGAACACAACGUCUCAGAAACCAAACUUGAUCACCACUCUGAGCUACAAGCACUGGAAAAGAAGAACAAUGAAAGAAAAUCCUCUUCUGAAGCCAAAUCAAAGUCAUCCACGGAAUCAAAAAGUCAACAUGUCCCUGCUGAUUUCCUUUCUACGAACAUAAAUAGCCAAAGUGGCAAAAGUGGAACCAGUAAUGUGUGGGAUCAAUUCAGGAAGGUCAAACCUGAACAUUCACUUGACAAAAGCCAGAUUUCUUCAGAGAAGAAAGAGGAGCCCACCACUGAGUCAAUGGCCAAAGAGAGCAAAAGUGAGAUGAGUAGUCGAGAGCCAUUCAGGUUGAUCCAACUUGAUUAUUCCUCUGAGAAAGUGAAAACAACAGGAAAAAAACACUCUAUUUCUCUAGGAACCACCACAAGCAAAGAAGGAAAAACUGAAGAGAAGGACGUGUUAGUCUUUGACAAGAAAAUCAAAUCGCAUGAACUUGUUAAAUCACAGUCUAGGAUAACUAAAGAGACUUCAGAAUCUACCAGAGCUCUAGGAAGUCUAGACGGCAAAAGUGAACAGAGUAACCUAGAAGAAUUUCAGAAAGCCAUAAUGGCUUUCCUAAAAGAGAAAAUUGAUAACAUAGGAAAGCCUCUGGAUGAAAAGACUGUGCCAAGAGAGGAGUUAUUAUUAAAAACUGCGGAAGUUGAAAAAUUAGGAAUCAUAAAGGCAAAAAUAGAGGAAUAUUUCCAAAAUGUGGCUGAAACUGUAACAAAAAUCUUGAGAAAAUACAAAGAUAUAAAACAUGCAGGACAAGUUGCAGAGAAACCUCUGAAACGAGAAAAGGUAGCCUCAUUUAUGCCAGGAUUGCACUUUCAGAAACCACUUAGCGCGAAGUCUGAAAUUAGCCCCUUACUCUCACGUAAGAGCAUGGACCCAGUAAUUGACAAUUUAAUACAAAUGAUCUUAACUGAGAUAGAAAGUGAAAGAGAUGUUCCAGUAGACUCAACAGGAGGGAGAGAUCACAAGGAGAAGGAAAAACAAAGGCAGGAGGAAUACUUGCAAGAGGAUCAAAAAAAAAUGUUUGGUAUGAGUCUCAAAACCCAGUUGGAAGAAGAAAGGAAUCUCUGGAAGAAGAGCUAUGAAAUGAUAAACAAGAAUUUGGAGAAGGAAGAGGCACGGCUCCAGCGGAGGGAGGGAAAGCAAGGGCAACAGAGGCAGAAACAGCGGCAGGAAGAAGAGGGGUGGCAGGAACAGCAAAAACAAAGGAGGCAGAAGCGGAUUGAGCGAGAUGAGACCCGAAAGCAAAGGGGAGAGGAGGGAGAGGAGCAGCAGAAGCCGCAGCAGCAGCAGCUGGAAGCGCAGAAGCAAACAGUGCAAGAGCAAGGGGUGCCCUUGGGGAAGGAGAAGGGGCAGCAGACGAGGCAGGUUCCGAAGGAAGUGAGACACGGGGAGCUGGAAAGCAGCUGGGAGAAAGAGGAGGAGACGCAGAGGCCAAGGAGAAAGCCCGAGGCAGAGGCAGAAAGGCAGAGGCGGAGAGAAGCACAGGGUCAGAUGAAGACUAAGCCGGAAAACUCCGAGGAGCUAGAAGAGAUGUUCAGCCAAACUUCAGUGACAUUGUCUCCCAGGUGGACGAGCAUACCCAAAGACACCUCCCAGUCUCAUCACAGAGAAGAGUUCCAGCGGAAUCUUAAGACAUUAGAUGUUCUUGCUGACGGGAAGCACCCCGUACCAAUCACUCCUCCCACCUCCACACAGUCUUCCUCACCAGGGGCCUUUCCUAUCUCUGGACAGUCUCCCACAAAGUCCAUGACUCUCACCCCUCAGCAGGCCCAGGCCCUGGGGGUCAGUCUCACCCCUCAGCAGGCCCAGGCACUGGGCAUCACUCUCACCCCUCAGCAGGCCCAGGCCCUGGGGGUCAGUCUCACCCCUCAGCAGGCCCAGGCACGGGGGAUCACUCUCACCCCUCAGCAGGCCCAGGCACGGGGGAUCACUCUCACCCCUCAGCAGGCCCAGGCACGGGGGAUCACUCUCACCCCUCAGCAGGCCCAGGCACGGGGGAUCACUCUCACCCCUCAGCAGGCCCAGGCACGGGGGAUCACUCUCACCACUCAGCAGGCCCAGGCACUGGGCAUCACUCUCAACCCUCAGCAGGCCCAGGCCCUGGGGAUCACUCUUGCCCCUGAGCAGGCCCAGGCCCUGGGGAUCACUCUCACCCCUGAGCAGGCCCAGGCCAGGGGCAUUCCUCUUACCUCUGAGCAGUUCAAGGCAUUGGCGGGCACCCCCACCCCUGAGAAAUCCCAGGGUUUGGGAGUUACCCUCAUCCCCGAGCAAGUUUAGGCAUUGGGACCUCCUCUCACAUCUGAGCAGCCCUAGGCAUUCCAGCCGCCGGCCGUCCAUGAGCAAUCUCCCUAUCUACAAGCCCCUUCUACUCUUAGGCAGCAUCUGGCACCAUGGACUCUUCCUCGGCAAGCUUCCUCACUAUGGAUCCCUCCUACCCCUGGGUAUCCCCCAACACUAUGGAUCCCCUCAACCCCUGGAAAGCCCCAGAAAGAUCUGUCCUCUUCUGUUUCUAAGAAAAGUAAGGAAAGAAUGGCAAGUAUUUCUUCUCUGAAAUCUGAAUCAGCAUUGGCCCAUCCCAGGGCUCCAAAUGUCAAGAUAACUCAAGCUCCUUUCACCACUGAGAAGUUCCAAAUAUCAGAGGUCUCUGACACUUCUGAAGAAAUCCAGAUACUCCACGAUCCUUUUUCCAUGGAACAGUUUAGAACAUUUCAGUCCUAUGUCAUCAAUUAUAGGACAUCAGUAUCACAAACCCCUGACAUUGAUGAGGGGGCCCUUCCCACCUUCAUGAAGCCUGUAACAUCACUACCUUCUCUUACUACUCAGCUACCCAAAACACCACAGAUCUCACCUUCUGAAUGGGACCAGAAAUCCCGAUUUCCUCCUACAGACAAGCCCUGGAUGCUGACUUCAGCUUCAGUUACCAAGAAACCCAAGAUGAGGGUGCCCCCUUCCUCUCCACAAGAGCUCAAACAGCAGAGGUAUUUUGUUGACAUGGAGGCUCAGAGGAAGAACUUGAUACUCUUAAGUCAGGCCACAAAAGCUUCUGGACUCCGUUCAGAGCUACACACAACAGCCAGGAAUCUCAUGAUUGAAACACUUCAUACGGACACAGUUCGGCUGGGAUAGCUGUUUCGCAAGUACAUCGCCUAUAGGCUCAUCCAGCUUGCAAGAAACAUCAUCAAACGAUUACAAGCCAUCCAAAACACUGGGAAAGGCUAUGAGAGCCAGAACCUCUACAUAAUGCUGAGCAGAACUGAUGACUACCAGACAAAGGCGAUGUGGCUCUGGACCAAGAAGCAGAAGUCUCUAGACCAGAAACGGAAUCAGUGCCUGAGGAACAUGAUAUUCUUAUUUAGCCAGAUGGCACCACCGGACCGUGCCCCUUCCCAGCUGCUGAGAGCGUUCCCAGAAGAGGCGUUUUGUAUUUCGGAGAUAAUGGAAGAGAGAAACGCUUUAAAUUGA